AUGUUUUGGAUAUUUGGCAUAUAUUUGCUAUGGCAACGAGAAUAUUGCUCUUACAUAGAUUUUUUUCCUACCGCUUUUCCGGAAUGGUUAUCGAGAUAUCCCGAUGACAAGUUGACUGAAGAAAGAGGGAAAAGUAGCAUAAUUUACGAAGAGGAAGAAGGAGAGGACGGAAACCAGGAGAACGAUAAAUUUACGCGUCACCUAAUUAUGAAUAUGGCAGCUGGAGGAGUUGAGUUACGGAAAUUGUUUUUUGUGCUGAUAUUUUUGGUGCUGGCCGCAUUCAGUAAUUGGAUAGCCUUGGCUUAUAUCCAUGAUUUCGUUGGAAGGGAAGCCUUGCCUGAUAUUGUCUUUUCAGUAAUGCCAGAAUUGUUAUGGACAUUAAAAAUUGGUGAUUCAAUGGUUACACUUUGUUCGACUUCUUUUUUUACCUUACUUUUUCUUCAUAAAAAUCGUUUAAUUAUCAUUCAACGAAUUGCUUUUAUUGUGGCUUGUCUAUAUACAAUGCGGACAAUAUCACUGCUGUGUACACAGUUACCUCCCGGUUAUAUUGAUAAUAAUAAGCGUUGCCGAAGUCCAAGUAAUCAUACAGGUCAGCAAUGGGAUAUUAUUGUAUGGCGUGUCUUAUCACAAGCAGCAAAACUUGGAUUUCAGGAUAUGGAUGAUGAAAUGUUAUGUGGUGAUUUAUUAUUCUCAGGUCAUACAUUAGCUAUGGUUGUGAGUUCGUUAGCAGUCGCUUAUUAUUUGCCUGAUUCAUUUAGAUCGCUCAGGUAUAUACCACGUAUGUUAUCUUGGAUCGGUAUGGUUUGCAUGGUUAUUAGCAGAACUCAUUAUACUAUCGAUGUUCUUUUUGCUUAUUGGCUAUCAACGGCUGUAUUUAGUAUUUAUCAUGCAUUCUGCGAAAUCGAUUUAACAAAUCGCAAAUUAUCAGUUCUUUAUCGAUUAUGGAUAAUGCAAAUUGUUGGUUGGCUAGAAGUUGAUAUCGCACCCGGAAGGAUAGAAAAUCGUUUCGAAUUUCCAUUACUUGUACGUCUCUAUAAAUGGUGGAGCAGCCCGUCAAGGAAUCGCUACUGUACUCAGAAUAAUGACUAUCACCAUCAAAAACAGCAACAAGUUCCUGUUUCAAGUGCACUGUCUAUAUGA